AUGCCUGCGCUGUCGCAAGCCGCUACCUCUGCAGCUGCAGGGAUGCCGCCGUCUGCGGCAACUAGCUAUGGGCAGGUAAUUGAGUACAUACAAGAUCGCCUAUACCUGGCUUCGUACACGCACCCCCCAAAUGCGCAUACUCCCUUCCCAUAUCCGCCCAAGCAAAGCAGGUCACCAAGCAAACGGUCGUCAAGAGCGCAGCAGGGCCCUACCGCUACAGGUGCUGGGCUGAAGGCACAACCGCCAGUGUACUUCUCAAUUGACAAAAGCCUGCUGUACAACGCCUUCCAUGCCGACUUUGGUCCACUGCACAUCGGCCACCUUUAUCGCUUCGCCGUGCAGCUCCAUGAGGUGCUUGGAGACCCUGCAAACGAGAACAAAGGCGUAGUGUUCUGGAGCAAUGCAGACUCAAGAAGUCGCGCAAACGCUGCGUGCAUUUUGGCCUGCUAUAUGGUUCUCAUUCAGAACUGGCCACCGCAUCUUGCGCUUGCGCCUAUCGCGCAGAUGGAUCCGCCUUGCAUGCCAUUUCGAGAUGCCGGAUACAGUCAAGCCGAUUACACACUUACCAUCCAAGAUGUCGUGUACGGCAUAUGGAAGGCGAAGGAGGAAGGCUUGUGUGGAUUGAAGGACUUCAGUCUUGAAGAGUACGAAAAGUUCGAGCGGGUGGACAUGGGCGACUUCAACUGGCUCACGCCCAGUUUUGUUGCCUUUGCAUCACCACAGCACCAGCCGGUGGACAUCAUAACGCCUUCGUCUCCGCUGUACGCAAGCCUGCCAACAACGAUCAAAGAUGUACAGCGCAGUGCGCUACCUACGCCUUUCAAGAACGUUCUAUCACACUUCACGCACCGCAACGUUGGUCUUGUCAUUCGAUUGAACUCUGAGCUAUAUUCACCAUCGUACUUCACAGCGCUGGGGAUCCAGCACUUGGACAUGAUCUUCGAUGACGGUACCUGUCCGCCACUAGGUCUAGUCCGCAAAUUCAUCGACCUUGCGCACGAAAUGAUCACGGUCAGGAGGAAAGGCAUCGCUGUGCACUGUAAAGCCGGUCUAGGUCGCACGGGCUGCCUCAUUGGCGCGUACCUCAUCUACCGCCACGGCUUCACCGCCAACGAGAUCAUCGCCUUCAUGCGCUUCAUGCGGCCCGGCAUGGUGGUCGGACCGCAACAGCACUGGCUCCACCUCAACCAAGGCACCUUCCGCGAGUGGUGGUUCGAAGAUUCCAUCAAAGACAAACUUGCCGCAUGGGCACCCUCAACGCCCACCCGCUCAUCCCACAAACAGCGCCUCGCCAGCAACGGCCAGACCUUCACGCCGCCUAACGGCAGCCAGAAGCGCACCGCCCUCGGCGAAAUCACGCAUAACGAGCAGUCUCCUGAGCGUGCCUCGCUCGGCGUACAGGACGAGAACCUCCCAGCGCCAACGCCCGGCCAACCCCGCAAGACGAGCAAGAUCUACGGCAACGGCACACUCGGCCGCCACUCGCCUUACCGAGCUCAAGCGCAUGAGAACGAGCCGUUCGUCAAACCGGAUUCUGAGAUCGUGACGAGCUCGCGCCUUGUGCAGGGCGAGUCGGAGAGCGAGGAGGAAUUCCAGCUGCGCAUGCUGGCUAGGCGUGCAAGCCGCAGCCCGACGUCGCGCUCUCCGGCUGCGAACGCGAAGAGGAGGGCUGUUAGUUGCACAACUACCACGACAACCACCUCGGUGACGGCGUUGUGGAACAUGCCUGGUGGCGAGAGCGACAUCGAGAACAGAGUCUCGCGGCCCAAGACGCCGGGCAGCACGAAGGGCAGCGGCAAGGGCGAUAUCAGCGUGGGCAAGACGAGGUCGAGCCCGCUGAGGAGGAGCACGGAAGGCAAGACGGGCGUCAGGAAGACGAGUGGGCGCGUCGGCAGCAUUGGCAACGCAGGCAGCGUGACAAGAUCGAAGUCGUGA